UAGCCCAAUUCCGUAGGAAAACUGCGGACUUGGCAACACAAAUAGGGUCCCACACAUGUAUGUUUACAGUAUCUCUGAGGCUGCCGACUACUACAUUUCCCAUAUAACAAUGCGCCCACAGCUGGAAUGCACGCCCACGUAAAUAUCCUCAUUUAAAUAACAGGUAUCAGACAAUUAAGCCUAAAUAAAGCCCAUCGAUCUGCACCUGAACGCCUGCUUUGAGCGAUGCGUCUGAUUACAGACAGACUGAUCCGGUUGCUGAAUUAUUUACGGUAGAUCGGUACUGAUGCUCGGUGGAUUAUUACAGGGAUCAGCGACAGACAGAGAGAGAGACGAUUAAUCGAGGGAGAAACCAUCAAAUGAGCAGGAAGGAUGGAUAAACGCUCAGCUGGAAAGAGAAAACAUCAGUUGUAGGAGAUCCAGGCUGAUUUGGGGAAUAUGGGAACAGUCCUGCAGGAGAGCACUGUAUACAACAGUCUGAAUCUCAACCACAGCCAAUAUAAAGCCGCGAGACAUGCAGCAGCAAGCAAGAAAACCUCAAAGGCACCUUUGCUUCCAACACCGAACACCAGCCCUUCAUCUGAACCUGUCUGCCAGCAGAGGUUAAGACGAAUAAGACCAGACACAAUGCUGAUUAUGGCCAAUCCCACACACAGGCAACAAAGCUCAGUGAAGCUCAGAUCUCAUGCAGCUUCCAAAAAUGGACAUAAAGACAAUAGGAAAAACCCCGGUGCUGUGAAAGAGAGCGAAGGCAAGGCUAAUAGUGUGAAGUCUGACACUGUAAAUGCUGAGAGAGAAGAGCCGUCCGACUGCAGAACCGAGGAGGAGAGUUGUUCAUCUCGGAGUAAAGCUGGAGGAGACGACAGCGCCAGCGACAUCUCCGACUCUGAGCGAUACUCUGUGCUGCCUGCUAAGAUUUCUCCUCCUGACCUCGACCUGCGUGCAGAAGUCAUAGACGGCUCAGACCCCCUUCACUCCUUCAAACCCACAAACCGAGUUCAGAGAAGCAGCUUUCCAGAUUUCCUCCCGCCUCCGUUUAACUCCUGGAGCCUCACGCAGCUGGCGGUGUAUCUGAACACCGACGGCAAGACCAUUCCUCGACCCAAACCCGUCGGCCAGCUGGAGAGAUACCUAGACCGGCUUUUGCAGAUGGAGUGGCACCAGAUCCAAACCCUCCAAGAAGACUCCAGCAAAUCUGCACCGAAACAUCGCCACCCGACGCCUCACUCCAGUCUCAGCGCUCCUAAAUGCAUCCUCCAAUGCCAGCGUGCGUUUCCACUGGGUUUGCUGUCAUCUAUGACUUCACUACAUCUCUCCUGCACACACUGCCACAACCACUACUCUACUGGAUCAUACCGUCAGCACACUCGCUUGCAUACGGAGAAGAGAUCUUCAGGCGUUCCUCAGAGGAGCAGCAGCGAGAGCAGGACUCGAUCUGAGCCUCGACACCGCGAACACAGACUCAGCGAUCCUCUAAGCGAGAGCAGACAUCUGAGACGCAUGCAGGCGGCGGGAAACAUCCGCAAUCCCGUCUCCACAUGCAGUCCUGAGCCGCUUUCUGAUGCUGGGGAUGUGAAGAAGCGGAGGCCAGGGCGGAGGAGUCAGUCCUCUGUGGGUGCUAGAGAGUUUGGGUCUAGAGUUCGAGGACGCAGUGAACAGAGGAAAACACAAGAGGACUGUGUGUUAUCCAGUGCUGGAGCUUCAGAUGCUCUACGGGGCUCAAAAGAGUCUAGUCGACUCAACAGGAAGCAGAAGCGUGUUGAAUUCCUCACACAAUGACUUCAGUAGUAUGGUGCAUUAGAUUCAUUCAUUCAUUUUCCAUCGCAUUAGUGGCUUAUUUAUCAAAGGUCACCACAGUGGAAUGAACCGCCAACUACUCCAGCAUAUGUUUUACGCAGUG